UGUCCAGGAAUGAAAUUCAUCAGGAAAAAAAAAUGUCCUGAAGAUAUAUCCCCCAUCACUAAAGGAAGAGAAGGAAGGUUAUGAAGGAUUCAAGCAGAAUUAGCUGAUACAACAUGCAUAAAGAUAUACAAAACUAUGAAAUCAUAAAGAAUUUAAAUAAAAUUUUGAUUGCUAUCACAGCAUCUUUUUAAAUCUUGGGAGCUUUUUUGCAGCUCUGAUUAUUUUUAGCUCGCAGACUGUCAAACAAUGAAAUUAAGAAGCACAAAAUUUCUGUCAGCAUAGUUUUCCCAAACAAUCAUGACCUCUCCUGAGUCUUACAUUUGUGCACCAUCAGCAUUAGUCAGAAAUUUAUUUCCUGUAGGUGAGAAGUGAUUAGACUUAAUUGUUUUAAUUUGCUUGAGAAAUAGGAAUUUCCCAACAGCAGAGGUGUCUGUAAUUCUCUUUGUAGGAGGGGCUAAAACAUUUAUAAUCACACGGCAAAGCUACUGAGAGCUUAGAGGGGGAUUGACUCCGUACAAGAUAGUAGGAGAUUUGGCACUUGGAAACAUGUCUGGGAAACCAAGGCUGCACUAUGUCAAUGCACGUGGCCGAAUGGAACCAAUACGGUGGCUACUGGCGGCUGCCGGAGUUGAGUUUGAAGAAGCCUUUCUGGAAACAAAGGAUGACCUGAAAAAGUUACAGACAAAUGGAGACCUGCUAUUCCAGCAAGUGCCCAUGGUGGAGAUUGAUGGGAUGAAGAUGGUGCAGACCAGGGCCAUCCUCAGCUACAUUGCAGGGAAAUACAAUCUCUACGGGAAAGACCUGAAGGAGAGAGCACUAAUUGAUAUGUAUGUGGAAGGAUUAGCAGAUCUGAAUGAGUUAAUCACAAGCAAUUUCUUCCAACCAGCGGAUAAAAAGGAAGAACAUCUUGCAACUGUUAUGGACAAGGCCACAACCAGAUACUUCCCGGUCUUUGAGAAGGUUUUGAAAGGACACGGACAAGACUUUCUUGUUGGCAACAAGCUUAGCAGAGCAGAUGUGCAGUUACUUGAAAUUAUUUUAUUGGUAGAAGAGUCCAAGCCUGAUAUACUUGCCAAAUUUCCUCUCUUGCAGAGUUUUAAAGCAAAAACAAGCAAUAUCCCCAACAUAAAGAAAUUCCUGCAGCCUGGCAGCCAGAGGAAACUACCCAUCCAAGAAAAAGAUAUACCAAGACUGAUGCAAAUUUUCCAUUGAGCAGCAACCCAAACCCACAGAAACUCUAUAUCAUUGUCUCUGUAUUUGCUGAGAAUAGAAAAGUAAAAUUAAUGAAAAUAGUGAAAGGUUUUUGAUUACUCUUCAGCCUACUGCAGACACUUUCAAAGUGAAUCUACAAGAACACACCAGGAAAUAAAAUCAUCAACUGAACUAGGGGCUACACUGUAUGAAACAAAUUGUCUUAAAUACUUAAGAGAUUACCUGAAAUAAAGUCUCACUCUUUACAUUUUAAAAAGU